UUCACUCGAUCGAUCCAGUGCAUUCGGCAAGUGCAGAUCUACUUGAUAUGUCUAGCAUGGAGAAGAUGGACGCCAGGGGAUUGGGUAACCGCAAAAGCAGCUUGAAUUCUGGCAGUGAGGUGCUGACGGCGGCAUGGGAGAUCGAUCUCUCCCGCCUGCAGAUCAACGAUUUUGUGAAACAAGGGUCGCAGGGCACGCAGUUCUGGGGCAAGUACCACGGGCGUGAUGUCGCCGUGAAGCUGCUCGAGUGGGGACGGGAUGGGCACUCCACGCCAGAACAGAUCAUCCACCUAGGAGAGUCGCUGCGCGAGCUGGCCGCCGCUUGGGACGAGAUGGACCAUCCAAAUAUCGCCAAGUUGGUCGGCGCAUUCAUUGGUAAAUCACCACCGCCGGGCACAACGUCCUUCGUCCUGGCCGAGCACCUCAACGGAGGAACGUUGAGGGAAUAUCUGAACAAGCAUAUCAAAUCCAAAGUGACAUACAAGAACGCCGUCAACUUGGCGCUGGGAAUGGCGAGAGGACUUAGCUAUCUGCACUCGAGGAAGAUUGUGCACCAUAACAUCAGCACUGAGAACAUGCUCCUUGACGACAACCUCAACCUCAAGAUCGCUGACUUCGGUGUGACUUGCAUCGAUUCUGAACCGAAGGACAUGACGGGGCGGACGGGCACAUCAUGUUACGUGGCGCCGGAGGUGCUCGACGGGAAGCCAUACAACCAUAAGUGCGAUGUGUAUAGCUUUGGCAUCUGUCUAUGGGAAAUCUACUGCUGCGAGAUACCCUACGUGGACGCCAACUUUGUCGAUAUCACAUCGGCAGUCCUCCACAACCACAUGCGACCGAAGAUCCCGAAGUGUUGCCCGUUGGACAUGGCGAACAUCAUGAGAAUGUGCUGGGAUGCCGAGCCGGCUUCGCGGCCAGAGAUGCAGGAGGUGGUAGUGAUGCUAGAGAAGUUGGACACCAAGAAAGGUCGUGGCAUGGUGCCAGCGGGGCAGCCUUUCGGUUGCUUAUGCUUCUCAAUCAGACGUCGUGGCUCCUAGACAAGUCUUAUUGUAGGUAUUGUUUCCUAGAAUUGUGUGUAUAUAUGUGUGUCUCGGUCAUCGUCGGUCUUAGUUUGAUCAUCGUGCCAACCAAAGGUGAAGUUGUUCAGUGAGAGAUGACUCUAUAUGUUAAUAAAGACAGUUUUGAUGUCGAUCAAUAAUUUGUAAAUUUUGAAGACAUGAAUGGAAUUCGAUUUAC